GGUCAGACGAGAAACUGGCCCAGUCAACACCUCUAUCUACAUCCCAUUAGAAGCUGCAAACUCCCAAAAGCCUAUCUUCCCAAGAAUCAACCAUCGCCACUUCAAAUUCUCCGAUUGGUGUCUCCGCUGUUGCUGCUGCCGCGACGUCUCCGUUUCCACCACCACUUUUCUGCAGGUACCCACCACUCGCUCCUUUUCCUCCACCCACUAAAAUUCAUUAUCUCACUCUAUAAAUUCUCUGCAUUUCUCACCUUAACCAAAACAAAAAAAAAAGGGCAAAAAGAACAAAUAUUUUUCAUGGAAUCUAACUCAAACCAAGAUAUUUUCGAUUCAUCGCUUAAUUUAGAGGAUGCUCACUUCAGAGAAGGCUACGAAGAAGGACAUAAACAAGGUUUAGUGUCCGGAAAAGAGGAGGCUCGACAAGUGGGUCUAAAGACAGGCUUUGAGGUUGGUCAAGAACUUGGCUUUUACCAGGGUUGUGUUGAUGUCUGGAACUCAGCCAUUAAGAUUGACCCUAAUGCAUUCUCUAACAGAGUUAAACUGUUUAUUAAACAAAUGCAAGAUUUGAUUGAGAAAUACCCUUUAUUGGACCCUGAGAAUGAGAAUGUUCAGGAGAUUAUGGAUAGUUUGAGGUUGAAAUUUAAGGUUAUAGGAGCUACAAUGGGUCUUGUGAAAGACUGUAAGGAAGAGAGAAUGUUGAAGUUGGCCCUUGCUUGCUGCAAGGUCUAUAUAUCUGAAAGCCGAAACAAGGCUGCUUUGGAGUCGAUUGAAAAAGCUGCAAAGCUAUUCCCUCAAGCGCCUAUUGUCAAUAAGUUUGAGGAUGCAGCAUACAAUAGAGUUGGUUAUACGCUUGUCACAGAUCUGUCUCUGAAGCCGUCUUCAGACUCGCGUCCGUUGGAGAGUGCUGUGCUUGCUAUGGUUAAAGCUGCUUUUGAAGCUAUUGAUUUUGGGCAGCAUUCUGGAAGUCAUCCUCGCCUUGGUGUUGUCGAUCACAUCUGCUUUCAUCCUUUAGCACAUGCAUCUGUGGACCAAGCCGCAGGAAUCGCGCAGUCUUUAGCAGCAGUUGUUGGCUCCAGUCUUCAAGUUCCUACCUUCCUAUAUGGAGCUGCUCAUGAGCAAGGAAGAACACUUGAUUCAAUCAGAAGAGAACUGGGUUAUUUCAAGCCAAAUUUUGGAAACCAAUGGUCUGGGGGGCCAAAAGCAGAGUUCGUACCAACGAAACCAGAUGAAGGUCCAGCUGAAGCAACUCGAGCAAAAGGCGUAGUUGUAAUUGGAGCAACGCGGUGGGUUGACAACUACAAUGUCCCUGUUUUAUCGACAGAUAUAGCUGCUGUACGUAGAAUUGCGAAACGGGUUAGCGGCAGAGGAGGCGGGCUUGAUUCGGUACAAACAAUGGCACUCGCACACGGUGAUGAUGUGAUUGAAGUUGCGUGUAACUUGUUAGAACCAAGUAAAGUGGGAGGAGAAAGAGUUCAGCAAGAAGUGGAGAGGCUUGCAGAAGAAGAGGGUAUAGCUGUGGGGAAAGGUUAUUACACUGAUUUUUCACAAGAUAAGAUUAUUGAUACUUACUUGAAGUUAACUUCAAGAUGAUGUUAGACAAGGUGUUAUUCUUUUAAAUCAAAUUACUUCAAAAGAUGUCAUAGUGAAAGCUGCUUGUUUUUGGGGUUCU